UUUUUUUUGAGUUUUGGUUCGUUUUUGUUCAAUUUUUUUUGAACUUUUAUCAGCAAAUGAUGGCCACGUCUGCACUCGCGACGCCAACGCCUGCCCUGGCGCCGUCCCUCCACGCAGCAGGAGCAGCACCCACUGCACUCCCCGCUGCCAACACCAGCACGGGCUCCAGCGCUGGCGGCAGCAGCAGCAGCAGCGGCAACGGACGGGGCGCAACUCGUCGUCGAAACCCACAAGACGCUUCUGCUUCUGCUUCUGCUUCUGCUUCGUCUUCCGCUUCCGCUGCGUCAUCCGGCGCCCGUCGCAAUCCCAAGGCAACGUCGCUGUUCGACGUUGCCUUGCUUUGCUCUGUUCGAGCACAGUCGUCGUCAAACAAGCAGCCGCAGCAGCCGCAGCAGCCAUUGAUCGGACUCGCGCUGUCCAUGCGCGACACGUCCGUUGCCGAUGCGUCCAUGUCAUCGUCGACGGCCGCGCGUCCUACCACCAACGGUAGCAACCGCCAGCCCAACAACAAGCAGCAAAACCACAAGGACAAGCUCAGCCCUGCUGCUGCUGCUGCUGCUCCUCCUCCUGGCUCGCUUCCGCUGAUGUCUGCUGCACCUGCAACACAGCGUCAGGCACUGCUGCCGACACCCGUUGCAAGCGCUUCCACUGGGGCUCCCAAGCAACCGGAAGGAACGUUUGUUGACGGCGUUUUCGUGGCGCCAACAACGGCUUCAAAGAAUGCACGCCGCCCAAAGUCAUGGUCUGAUGCGCCACAGCAACAGAUGCAGCAGCCGUACCCGCACCUGCAGGUCCAGUAUGCCGCGACUCCUGCCAUGGCGGUGCCUGCGAGACAGGGAGUUCGCUCCCACUCGCCGUCGUCGUCCUCCCCACCGGGCGAGGGCCGGUAUGCCAACGUCAACUUUGGCGCUGCUCCUGCUCCAAGCAGCCUGCCGCUGCCCUCGUUUGGCGAGAGUGCCAAUCGCGCCACUUCGGUGCCUCCGUCCAUGCUGCUUUCGUCGACUCCCCCGAGCGCGCAUCUGCCGCAUCCUUCGCUGCCCGUUUCCGUCCCUCAGUAUGCACCCCACUACGUGUAUGCGCCUGCCCCUCACCCCUACUUUCACCACCCGCAGCAGCAAGGCUACCAGCAGCCCAUGAGCAUGUCCUUGCCCUCGACGCUCAGCUUCCAUCCGCCGACCGCCUACUCUGCCCCGCCUCUUGGCGCCGUUCCGCUCCAGAGUGAUCCUCGCGCGCAGAUUGCGACCGAUUUGAAGCAAAUGCUCAAGAUUGGCAUUGUUGCGCCGGCGCCUCAAGCUGUUGCAGUUUCGACUUUUUAA